AUGAUUCCCUUGGUACGAUUGGCAGGGAGAAGUCCAUGUUGGAUUGUAUGGGCAACGAAAUGGACCAGGCCGUACUCAACAGUCGAUGUCUCUGGUACGCUAGAAAAGUUGGCCAGCGUGCCUAAGAUCCACCCGUUAUUGAUCCAGCGAGCUGAGGUGAUGCAGGCCGAAUUCAAGACCAUCGAGGCCAAGGUGGCCGAGGGAAACUUUGAGCAGGAGCUCAGCAUCAGGUUCUCCAACCUCAGUAUCAUCUUGGACAACUACAACCAGUACAAGUCAGAUAUGGCUGCGUUCGACGAGCUCAAGGAACUCAUAUCUGAGGAGGGACAGGACCACGAGUUGGUGGAAGAGGCAGUGGCUGAAAUCGAGGCCACCAUCCCCCAGGUACAGCGUUCAGUGCAGGUGCUCCAGUCAAGGUUGCUUCCCCAGCAAAAGUACUCGGACAAACCGUGUAUUCUCGAGUUGAGGCCAGGGGUGGGAGGGUCUGAGGCGGCCCUUUUCACGGAAGACUUGAUGCAAAUGUACAUAAAUUUCGCCAACACCAAGCGCUGGAAGCACCACAUAGUCAGCAGAAGCGAAGGCAACAACGGGUUCGUCAACGAAGUCAUUAUUAGCAUCGAUGAUCCUGGUGCGUUCCAGGCGUUGAGACACGAGAGUGGCGUUCACAGAGUGCAACGGAUCCCCCUGACCGAGAGCAAGGGACGGAUACAUACCUCUACUGCUGCAGUGGUGGUUCUUCCCAAGAUUUCCGAGGGAAAUGAGAGCUCGUUGAAGGAAGACGAACGGCUGUUUGCUCCAGGAGAGGUGAGAAUAGAUACCAUGAGAGCUGGAGGAAAAGGAGGCCAACACGUCAACACCACCGACUCUGCUGUAAGAUUGGUGCACAUUCCCACUGGGAUCACAGUGAUGCAGCAGGAUGAAAGAUCGCAGCCUCGAAACAAAGCCAAAGCGUUUUCGAUCUUACGAGCCAGGUUAGCUGCUCUCGAGCGUGAGAAGGAGAUCGUGGAGCAGCGCAGGAUGCGAACGGACCAGGUCACCACCACCGACCGUUCCGACAAAAUCAGGACCUACAACUAUCCCCAAAACCGGGUGACAGACCAUCGUUGUGGGUUCUCGCUCCACGACUUGACGGGAUGCAUGGCGGGGUCCAAGUUGGAGGAGCUCAUGGAGAAGGUGGAGGAGCACGAGUUUGAGCAGAGGUUGGAGGAGUUGAUUGCGCAGGAGAGGAAGGCGUAG